UUUUUUGGGUGUUUCGAUCGCUGGUAUUUCUCAGGUUAGCCCUCUGUUUUCCUUAAGUCCCAACAGGAAAAAAGAGAUUAAAAAUAGUAAAUUGAACCAAAUUCACCUGAUCUGUUGUUGUUGUUGUUGUUCUUGUUUGUGUUUGCUUCUGGAAGUUCAGUUGAAGAUUUGAGAUUUGCUGUCUUGCCUUCUUCGCUUGGUUUUGAUGUUUGAUUGAAGGAUUAUUCUCUCUUUUUCAUUUCUUUCAUCUGGGUUUGGUUUUUUGUGUUGGUACUUUAGUUAAAUUGAGUUUAAUUUAGUGUUGGAAGGGGGAAAUCCAAGAUUUAUGAGGAAUGUUCCAAUAUUAGUGUGAGUCAGAGAGUUGAAUCUAUGAGCUUCAACUUGCAGAAAUCUCCAUGAAGUUUCAGGCGAAUGGGGGAGGAGAUAUUGGUAGAUUCAGAUUCUGAGUUAGCUGAGAGAAGGGAUCUCAAGAUUCUAAGCUUACCCUUGAAGACAAUGGUUUCUGUAGAAUAAUGGAAUAUUGUUUUUGCAGAGCCACGACUAUAUCUUCGCCAAGAAAACGGUUUUCAACUAUGGCCGCAUUUCCGCGGACACUUUCUUCCAUUGUAGUUUCAGGGGGAGGAUUAGCUUUGUUCUUGAUUUUUGCUUCGUGGGUUCUGAUUUCGUAUCCUAUAGGUUCUACUGUUCAAGGGUAUCUACUUGGGAUUGACCAUUCGAUGAAAUCUGUACUGCCUGAAGCUUCACAAGAUGGUAAUGGCGGUUUUGCGGAUCAGAAACCAUCUUCUGUUGCCGAUAAUGUGGUAAAUAAGGAGUUAAUCAUAGAGGUUCCAAAGUCACGUUCUGAUUCAAAAGGAGGAGCAGGGUCUGUCAGUUUUGAUUAUCCCAAUUCACCGAAGGCCAAGAAGAUUGAUCAGAAAACAUUGGCCUCCGAUUCGAGCCGAGAAUCCAAAAACCCCAUUAGUAUUUCGGUUUCUCCUAAGGUUUUGGAAGCUGAGAUUACUCCACCGCCUUUUUCAGGCUUGUCUAACACCUCAAAGGUUGUUAAUCAGGAGGCAAACGGUAGUACUUUGGCUUUCUCUCCCCCUACUAACUUGCUGGAUAGUAAAUCGGAUUCUUCUUCAAAUUCUACUUUGGUAACUUCGCCUCCUCCAUCUCCUUUGGCCGGAAAGUCUAGCAAAAUUGAUUCAGUUUAUUCAGAGGCCUGUGACCUGUACGAUGGCAAAUGGUUCUACGAUUCUGCUGGGCCCUUAUACACAAACAACACAUGCCCUAUUCUGACACAAAUGCAGAACUGUCAGGGCAAUGGAAGGCCCGACAAAGACUAUGAGAACUGGCGAUGGAAGCCAUCUAAGUGUGACCUCCCCCGGUUCAAUGCAACAAAAUUCCUUGAGCUAAUGAGAGGGAAGACGUUAGCAUUUAUUGGUGAUUCAGUCACCCGGAACGAGAUGGAGUCCAUGUUGUGCAUUCUCUGGCAGGUGGAAGUUCCUAAAAACCGUGGAAACCGAAGAAUGCAACGUUGGUACUUCAAAUCGACCUCUGUGAUGAUCGUUAGAAUAUGGUCAUCAUGGCUUGUCCAUCAGACACCAGAGGCAUUCGACUUUGCUCCAGAGGGAGUGGUCAAGCUCUACCUCGAUAAAACUGACGAGGGCUUCAUGCAGUACCUUCCGACCUUUGAUGUGGUAGUUCUUUCUUCUGGCCAUUGGUUUGCCAAGCAAUCAGUAUAUAUCUUCAACAAUGAGAUUGUUGGUGGACAGCUGUGGUGGCCUGAUAAAUCUCGCCCGAGGAAGAUUGACAACAUUGAAGCUUUCGGGAUCUCUGUUGAGACAAUUCUUACUGCAAUUGUCACCCACCCUAAUUACACAGGCCUGACCAUUGUCCGAUCCUAUUCACCUGAUCAUUAUGAAGGUGGUGCCUGGAACACUGGUGGAUCAUGCACAGGGAAGGUUAAGCCUGCCUUUGACAGGGAACUCGUUCCCAAUGGGUUUACAGAAGCAAUGCAUCAGAAGCAAGUGAUGGGUUUCGAACAUGCGAUCAAGAAACAAACUAACAAAUCGAAGUUGAGGCUAAUGGACAUAACAAAAGCAUUUAGCUAUCGUCAUGACGGCCAUCCAGGUCCAUAUAGGAGUCCUGACCCGAAUAAGAUCACAAAGCGUGGUCCUAAUGGACAGCCUCCGCCACAGGAUUGCUUGCAUUGGUGCAUGCCAGGCCCAGUUGAUACAUGGAAUGAGCUUGUGCUUGAGAUCAUAAGAAGAGAAUUCGACGCAAUUGACAAGUCCCCUGUCUGACCGUAUGGCAGUUCAGUCGAUUGGUUAGCCUGUUGUUCGUAUUGAUUAUAAUUUUAUACAUGUGCAAUGGUAAUUCUUUAGGCAAGAUUCAACAGAUAUUUAAUAGAGGAGACUAGCUGAUUCCUCUUCAUCUGAUCUAGUUAUACGUUGUAGCCAAGGGACAAAUCUCAUCACACUGAUAAAUUGGCAGCUGGGGUGUGAUUUAUCAUUUUUAACAGAUAUUUAAUUGAGGAGACUAGCUGAUUCCUCUUCA